GCUCCAUCGCUGACGUCACCGCCGUCUGUCUGCAGCCAUGGAGGAAGUUCGAGUGUUCCCGCUCAGCCCGGCCGUGCAGAACUACGCCUGGGGGAAGCCGGGACCGAGCAGCACCGUGGCCCAGCUGGUGGUGGGAGGAGAACCGGACCUGAGGCUGGACCCGGACCAGCCCUACGCUGAGCUGUGGAUGGGGGCUCACCCCAAGGGCGACGCCCAGAUCAAGGACAACCGGAUUACCCAGAAGACCCUGGGGCAGUGGAUCGCCCAGCACCCGGCCUGCCUGGGUUCAAAGGUCAAGGACGCCUUCCAGGGCCAGCUGCCCUUCCUGUUCAAGGUGCUGUCGGUCAACACGGCGCUGUCCAUCCAGGCCCACCCCACCAAGGACCUGGCGGCCCGGCUCCACGCCCGGUUCCCGGAGCACUACCCCGACCAGAACCACAAGCCGGAGAUGGCCAUCGCUCUGACCCCCUUCCAGGGUCUGUGUGGCUUCAGGCCCCUGGACCAGGUCCUGGGCUUCCUGGAGGAUGUCCCAGAAUUCCUUGCGGUGGUGGGGGCGGAGCCUGCGGCGGAGCUGCGGAGCAGCGUGGGAGAUGAAGUCCGGAGCAGAGAAGCUCUGAAGAAAUGCUUCUCCUCCAUGAUGAGCUGCAGCAAGAAGGUGGUGGUGGACGAGCUGAACGAGCUGGUGAAGAGGACCACAGGCUCCUCCGGGGCCUCCACGGCCUCCAGCCUGGGCCCGCUGCUGCUCCGGCUCCACUCCCAGUAUCCCGGCGACAUCGGCUGCUUCUCCAUCUACUUCCUGAACCUGAUGGUCCUGGAGCCGGGCCAGGCCAUGUUCCUGGGGGCCAACGAGCCGCACGCCUACCUGCACGGAGACUGCGUGGAGUGCAUGGCCUGCUCCGACAACACGGUCCGGGCCGGUCUGACCCCCAAGUUCAUCGACGUGUCCACGCUGGUGGAGAUGCUGAACUACCAUCCGGCCCCCGCCUCGUCUAAGAUCUUCCCCGGCGUCCCGGACCCCGCGGACCCCUGCGUCACGCUGUACGACCCCCCCGUGCCCGACUUCACCGUCAUCAAGAUACAGGUCCCGGCCAACAGGAAGCAGUACUCCGUGGCCGCCCUGGACAGCGCCAGCAUCAUCCUGGUCGUCGAGGGCGACGCCGUGGCGACGGCGGCCGCCGCCCACUCUGACAUCACCGUGAGGCGGGGCUCCGUCCUCUUCGUCUCGGCCAAUGAGAGCCUGUCGCUGCAGGUCUCCUCGCCGUCGGGGAUGACGCUGUUCCGGGCCUGCAGCCUCCUGUAGCUACUUCCUGUCCCGUAGCUACUUCCUGUCCCGGCGGCGCCGACAACAUCCUCAACACUCAGGGUCCUGAUGAGAAACCAGCAGUUCUACCAGCAGUUCUUCAGGUCCAGCAGCCCCCGAGGAGGUCUGGGGCCAGAACAGUCUCAUCAUUCACAAAUGCACAGACCGAUUCACAAAUGCACAGACCGAUUCACAAAUGCACAGACCGAUUCACAAAUGCACAGACCGAUUCACAAAUGCACAGACCGAUUCACAAAUGCACAGAUCGAUUCACAAAUGCACAGGACAAGAUUCACAAGUGCACAGACCGAUUCACAAGUGCACAGACCGAUUCACAAAUGCACAGGACAAGAUUCACAAAUGCACAGGACAAGAUUCACAAAUGCACAGACCGAUUCACAAAUGCAUAGAUCGAUUCACAAAUGCACAGGACAAGAUUCACAAAUGCACAGACCGAUUCACAAGUGCACAGAUCGAUUCACAAAUGCACAGGACAAGAUUCACAAAUGCACAGACCGAUUCACAAAUGCACAGACCGAUUCACAAAUGUACAGAACAAUUUACAAGUGCGUAGGACAAGAUACACAAAUGUAUUUUUGAUGCACACACAAAUAUAACCUGAUUUACGAACGUUUUUUUGUCUGUGAGCUGCGCUGCAUUUACGUGUGACUUUUGAGACUUUUGAGACUCCCCUGACGUGACUCGAUCCACAAAUGUUUUUUUUUUAAACCGAAAGAUCUGCAACCAAUCAGAUGUCUUCCUUUGUUUCAGCCAAUCACAAGAGCGCACCCACGUGGGGGACGAUGUACUCGUGAACCAAUCAGAUUAAAGGGGCGGAUACACCUUUGUUUGACUGUUUGAGCUGCGUUAGCGCCAUUCGCUUAGAAAAGUGAUUAAAUAUUUCAAGUUGGUGGAAUAAAGAUAAAUAAACAAGACAGCAACACAGAUGGAGAGGAGAUCACUGCUCUGCUUUUCUUCUAUCUUGUCCUGUGCAUUUGUGAAUUUUGUCUUGUGCAUUUGUGAAUCGGUCUGUGCAUUUGUGAAUUAUGAGACUGUUCUAGCCCCAUAAGGAGCAGCUCUGGGAUCUGGUCUCGGGUCUCGUCCUUUUAUGUUACACUGUAAACACUUUAGUAUUUCAGCCGUUAAUUCUCUGAAUGUAGACAACACUGGUCGACUCUUCUUCAUAAUUACUGUUAGUGUUAUUAAUUAUUCUUGGUAUUAUUCAUUAAUUAUUAUUAUUAUUAUUACUGAUAAUUAAUUAUUGUAAGGAAAGAUGUUUGUUUUUUGAGUUUUCCUGCAAAUUAUGGAAUUUGUUAUCAUCAUUAUUAAUAAUUAUUAUUAAUAAUAAUUUUUAUUAUUAUUAAAUUAUUAUUACUAAUGAUAAUUAUAAGCCAACAUUUUUUUGUUUGAGUUUUUCCUACAAAUUAUGGAUUAUUACCGUAUUUUCCGCACUAUAAGGCACCUAAAAGCCUUUAAUUUUCUCAAAAACCAACACGCCUUAUAUAUGAUCAUUACUGUAAUUUCUGUUACUGUAGUCAGGGGGAUUGUGGGUAAUGUAGUCAGGGGGAUUGUGGGUAAUGUAGUUGGUGUCGCCGAAUUAAUGGCGCUAAAAACGUCAGGAAUCGUCAGACAUUCAAGACAACAGCAGCGACGCUGACUCGCAUAAUGGAGACUUUGACGAGACGGAGCAAAGCUGGUUUUUAUUUUGUUAAUAAAGUUUGACAUACGGUACUUUUUUUUUGCAUUUUCUGUAGGAUUUUGUAGCAUUUCCUGUAGCGCAGCUCCAUCAGGUAGAUACGUAACUCAACCCCAGCCACUAUAGUACGGUAUUUUACCAUAUAUUUAGUGCGCCUUAUAAUGCGGUGCGCCUUAUGUAUGAAGGGUGUUUUAAAAGAGGCCAUUUAUUGAAGGUGCGCCUUAUAGUACGAUAUGAGUACGGUGCGGAAAAUACAGUAUUUAUUAUCAUUAUUAAUAAUAACUAUUAAUAAUAAUUCAUAAUUAUUGCUAUUAUUAAUUAUUCUUGGUAUAAUUAAUUCAUUAUUAUUAUUACUGAUAAUUAGUUAAAAGGAAAGAUGUUUGUUUUUUUAAGUUUUCCUACAAAUUAUGGAAUUUGUUAUUAUUAAUAACAAGCAAACAUUUGUUGUUUGAGUUUUUCCUACAAAUUAUGGAUUAUUAUUUAUUAUUAUUGUCAUUAUUAAUAAUAAUAAUUCUUAAUAGCUAUUGUUAUUAUUAUUAAUUAAUAAUGUAUUAUUAUUAUUAUUAUUAUUAAUGAUAAUAAAUUGCAAGAAAACAUUUGUUUUUUUGAGAUUUUCCUACAAAUUAUGGAAUUGAUUAUUAUUAAUGUAUUUAUUAUGAUGAUGAUGAUUAUUAUUAUUAUUAUUAUUAUUAUUUAUUAUAAGCCAAAAUGACCCUCAGCUAGCUUGGCUAGCUGCUAGCGUUUCAAGCUCGCCAGACUGGAGGGGGUUCUGGAUCCGGCCCGAGACGGUUUCUACGGUUACUGGUACAAUAAAGAGCUGGAACGACGGAUCUACCCGGAUCUUUCUCUCAGCCUGGAUCUACCGGAGCUGGUUCUGUUCUGGUUCCUGUGGGAUCCUGGUGUGUCUUUCUGCUGUAGCAUGUGAAUGUGUUUAAUAAAGUCCUGGUUGCUGUG